AUGGCCCUGGUGGUACUGUUCUGUUUACGACACAACUUCGAGGCGAUUGCGCUGCAAUUCAGCCCCAACAAGAUCUUUGAGAUGACAAAGCUCUUCACUUCGAACCUGCUGACCAUCUCGAGCCAAGGCUGGACCGAAGUCUUGGAGUAUGCGGCCAUCUACGAGAGACUGCUGGGUCCACCACUGGAUGCCAUUUUCACUCGGUCUAGACCCGUCUCGACGGCGCAUACCCCAGAGCAGGAGGCGGAACUGGCGAGGCUGCUGUACCCCAGUCCCGCCCGUCCCCAGGAGCUACGGUUCGUGGAUAUAGGCGAUAACGGCGGCACGGAGGAUCUGUUCUCGUUUGAUGCCGGGAUUUUUGACUGGGACGACGAUGUGGUUGCAAACGACGCGGAUUCGUUCCCGUUAUUGGCAUCCUAG